ACGAAAAUGGAGUUGCUCAAGUUGUCAAAAUUCAAAUUGCAGCUUCAGUCAAUGAUCGGAGAAGUGCGAGAUCUGCGUGUAAGAAGAAAGAGGUUAUACAUCUAUGGAUUGAGUAGUUUUCGCUCCCCCCUCCCAGUUUCUCUCUUCUUCUUCCACUUUACUACCGGCGAUUUUGCAGGAAAGGGAGCGAUCAGUCACAGAUCACAUCAAUCUUGUCAAUCAGGUUCUUCAUUCAUUAAACAUAAGCAAACGGAGGAAGAAUACAGCAGGAAAGUGCAGGAGUUACAAGCUGAUUUAGCUUCUUCUAUAGAAACACAGGAGGCGCUCGAGAGGAAGGUGAGUUACCUCCAGAACGACUAUAGUUUGCUGGAAAUCAAGCAGAACGAAUUGAAGACUACUAUCCAAAACCUGCUUCAAUCACGAGAAAGUUUCUUAAACUCUUACCAGGAGUCUUUUUGUGAAAUGAAAUGUUCAAUUGAAGCCAGGGAUAGGAAGAUUGCCAUCCUACACCAGAAGAUCACCUCUCAUUUAGCAUUGUUUGAUUCAAUUGAGAAAGAGGCAACGGCAAUUAAAUAUGUCAUACACGAAGUUCAGGGCCUUGUGGAUCAAAAAGAAGAUGUAGUGGCUGGCUUGAAAGAGAAAAUGGACCACGUCUCUACAUAUGAAAAAGUGUUUAUCGAGAAAAUCAGCACUUUAGAAAAGAAAAUAGAAUAUCAGGAAACAGAAUUGCAGAGCAAGGAGAAUAGAAUAUCAGAGCUUUCCGCUCAGCUUGAAGCAGCAAAGCUUAAAAAUGAAGAUCAGCUUCAAGUCGAAGAGAUUCAGAAAACUUUGAAGGUCAAAGAUUCAGUUGUAGAGAACUUGAUUUCUGAGAAAGAGGCAUUGAAUUCUGAAGUGAGGAGUUUAGAAAUGAUUUUACAGCGGAUUCAGGAAUCUGUCACUCUUAUGACCGAAGAGGACAGAAGGGUGUUCAAAUCAAUAUUGACAUUCGAACAAGGUGCCGAUGAAAGAAACAAAAAUUUCAGGUACAAUGAUACAGUUGACAAAAUGGAGGAACUUGCAAGUGAAGAUCCUAUGAUGGGUUCCCAAGAAAAUUCAGUAAACGUUAUAUCAUCAGGGUCUCCCCGGUGUCAUGACCAAAACACAGACUGCAGUUUGAUACAGGACCCUGAUCAUAAACUGGAUUCUGUUCAAUAUCUUUAUCAUAACACUGACAGUGGCCAUUGGCAGAGUACUAAUAAUAACCUCGACCACUCUGAGACCAAGGACAAGUGCAAAGAGUUGAUGAACCAGCCUGAUUCAGAGUGCUCAACUAAUCGCGUUUAA